AAUCAAAAAUAAACAUAAAAAGCUACAACUAGUAUCUCAUCACCCACUUCCCUCCACUAACUGUCCAAAAUACACCAAAGAGCACAUCUCCUUUAAGAUACUUCUCUCCCCUUUGCAUAAAUCCCAAACUCACACACACACACACACACACUUUGAAACUCAAUAAUUUUGCAAAAAUGGCCACUUCAAUUUUCCUCUCACAUCCUCUUUUUCCUUUCCCUCCUUUAUCAUCAAAACACCAUAAAAUUCCAACUCCCAAACAAACCUCAGCCAUAAUAGCAGAUCAUCCCUCCAUCAAACACACCAAGAAACCAUUUUUCAACUCCCAUUUUCCAUUUCCUUACAAACCCAGAAAGGAAAUUUGGUCUAUUUCAGUGGGAAGAACACAAGUUGAUGAUAAAGAUGAAAUCUUGGUGGGGGAAGAUUCAGCUGAAUUCCAGUUAUCCAAACAAAAGAUUUCAUCUUGGGUUUAUUUUGCUGGGAUUCUUGGUGUUGUUCUUUAUGUUCUUAAUGUUAUUUGGAUUGACAAUUCAACUGGUUUUGGAAAAUCAUUCAUUGAUGCUGUUUCAAGCAUUUCAGAUAGCCAUGAGAUUGUAAUGCUUUCCCUCACCUUGAUUUUCGCAAUAGUCCACAGUGGUCUUGCUAGUCUUAGAGACAAAGGUGAGGAACUCAUUGGAGAACGUGCCUUUCGUGUAUUAUUUGCCGGGGUAUCUCUUCCAUUGGCACUCAGCACAAUUGUGUAUUUCAUAAACCACCGAUACGACGGAGUGCAGUUAUGGCAAUUACAGAGCAUAGCCGGACUUCAUGAACUAGUUUGGUUCUCUAACUUUAUUUCCUUCUUCUUCCUAUACCCAUCGACGUUCAAUUUACUAGAGGUAGCAGCUGUUGACAAACCCAAGGUGCAUCUUUGGGAAACUGGGAUUAUGAGGAUUACCAGGCAUCCACAGAUGGUUGGACAGGUGAUAUGGUGCUUAGCUCACACGCUGUGGAUCGGGAAUUCAGUUGCAGUGGCAGCCUCAGUAGGUUUGAUAGGACAUCAUCUGUUUGGUGCCUGGAAUGGAGACCGAAGGUUAGCUAUACGACAUGGUGAGGCUUUUGAAGUCGUGAAGAACAGAACAAGUAUCAUUCCAUUUGCAGCUAUUCUUGAUGGCCGCCAAAAGUUGCCCGAAGAUUAUUACAAGGAAUUUAUCAGAUUGCCAUAUAUAUCGAUAACAGCAUUGACAUUAGGUGCUUACUUUCUCCACCCCAUUAUGCAAGCUGCCAGUUAUCGGCUACACUGGUAGUAGCCCUGAUGUCACAAAACUCUUUUCCAUACAAGAAAUCGUGAAUCCAAGUUGUACAUUUCAAGAUAUAUAUAGGUUGCUAUUGACUAUUUAAAGACAACUGUUGGAGCAACUAUUACACACUAAAGUUUGCCUGAAGGAGUAGGAAAGAAAAGAAAGAAGAGGAAUAUGAAGGAUUCAGUUUAUUGCUCGUAGAAAUAUACAAGUUCCAACUUUGGUUUCCUUCAAAUUCUAUAUUGUGUAUUAUUGUAUAUGUCCUUGUUCUGACUUUAUUUUAAGCAACUGUAAGAGAAGAUAUAAUACAUGGAUUAUGAUGGGGAUAUUACAAUACAUA